AUGACAUUACAAGUAUUGUCCAGCGAGACUGCUAAACGACUAUCCAGUGCACAAGUAGUUAUCUCGCCUGAAUCUGUUUUGAAGGAAUUGAUAGAAAACGCAGUUGAUGCUGGUAGUUCCAGUGUUCAAAUCAGAGUCAAGGAUGCAGGCAUGACUCUUAUUAGUGUCAAGGACAAUGGAUGUGGCAUCCCUGUGUCUGAUAUCCUACUGGCCUUGCAAAGGCACACCACUAACAAGAUUACUUGUUUUGAUGAUGUCCUCACUGUCCAGACUUUUGGGUUUCGAGGCGAAGGUAUAUCUGUAUAA